UUGGGAUCCCAGUCCAAAUAUUUUCACAUUCAUCUCAAAUUAGUCGGCGUCUGUUUCGGAAGGACCCACAUGUGGACACACAGUUUAUUUACUAAUACUAAAAUGGAUACAUUUAAACUCUAUUUUGUUCUGGGAUUGUGUACAACGCUUUCCAUGCCGUUAGGUGAAAAUGCAAAAGGCACAGCCUUAGAGCCCACAACCUACUGCAUCAACAUACUUGAAAAUGACGCUGGGACGACGCUUGAUACCUUAGUUAAGCUAUGCAAACAUACCCCAGUGGGAAGCAUUUUUACCCUGUAUUCCGUCAGUGGAUCUGAAACAAAAUUCUUUGUUAAUUUCACGAAGACAAACGAGACAAGUUGUGAUAGAUUCUUUGGUCUACCUUUAACGUCGGAGUUAAUCACACCAAUCUCAUCUGAAUUAGUGAAGAAAAAUGUUUUGGAAUGUGUGCCGUAUUUAGAUGAUCCGUCAAUGUCUAAUAUAUUUAAACGAGUCAUAAUGUACAUUGUUUCUAAAAAGACAAAGGUCCAACUGGACAAUAUGAAUUUUUACGCAUAUGUUCUAAUAACUGAUGACUCAACAAACCCAGACCAAUGGACUUACGCAGCCACCGACAAGGAACAUGUAAUACAAGUGAAAGAAAUUGACAAACUACUGAAGCAAUUACAAUGGGACACCAGAUUUGGAAAAUGUCCCGUUGAUGAGUUUUUCACCGACAAUUUAGGAACUUGCCAAGCGUGUUCCAACGCAUUGGAUGCAUUACCAGAUGAAUGUCAUUACUUUGGUGAGCAAAUCAAACCAAUUGCAGAAUCAACAACGAUACAUCAAACCAUGACCCCAGAGAUCAUCCAUGAACAUACAUAUCCAACAAACAUGACCGCAACACCAAAAUCCACUCAGGAAGAUACAUGGAAAGACGUGCCAUACAUCGUUCUCGCAAUUUUAUUAAGUGUGGCAUGUACGUUUGUUGGUCUUCAAGUAUACCCACAAAUUGAAAAAUGGUUGAACAGACAGCAUUCAAACAGGGCAAGUAUUUAA